CAGUCUGACACACAAUACAUACGAUUUUCAAUACAGCAGACGUUUAAGUAAUACCAAGCACGUAGUGAAGGCGAUGGAUGGAGCAGACUGUCAGUGGCCUCUGGUGAAAGGGGGUGUGGCUUGAAAAGUUGUGGGCGUGUCAAUGCGGGUGAAGUAUUUUCACUCUACUGAACCUCUGAGGAGUGAAUUAUUACUGGCUCUGCAGCACACAGGAGGGAGCUUACCGCUCUGAAAAUAUCCUUUUUACAAAUUGAUAACGGAAAAAAUUGCUUAAUCUGGAAGUGUAGGAUCAUAAAGUGGGGAAAAGAACUCCAAAGGACUGUUUGGACACGCAUUAAAGGGAACGUUAAUGGCAGGCAGCACCUGAAACCUGUUGCGUCAAAUACUAACGCGUGAGGUGAUUUUAUUUUAUUUUGCGAGGUUUAUUAUUCCUGAAAAUUCAUUUAUUUUUAUGAGUCGGGGUUUCUUUCCAACCCUGAUAUUUUCGUCGCAAAAUUUUGUGCUUAUUUUUGGUUGUGAAUCGUAACCUUUCGCCGGAUCAUCGGAUGCGUUCACCUGCCAUGUGGAAUGUAAAACUGAGUCGAAGGGAAAAUGACGCUUAAAGUGUAACUUCGUUACAAAGAAUCUGCGGAAAAUGAACUUUCGACCUUUACACGGUUAUCUCGGUGAAUGAUUGAUCGACCAUUCAGUCCACGGACGCGCGUGCUUUUCCACGAAAUGCACUCGCAAAGUCGGAAGAAAGUGCGCUCGAGGUCUGGAAUGAAACUUCACCGUGAUUUACAACCUUGUGGACUGUGGACAUGCUGCUGGAGCUAUUAAGUAUGAGGAAACCUGCGGAUAAGCCUCGUUUCACCUUGGCGACCUCAGGUACGCACCUGGUUGGAUUUUACCUAUAUUUUCUCCUCCUGUCUCCGUUCUGUGAUGCCGCCUCUAAGGAUAUAGUGUGUGAGCCCAUCACGGUCCCCAUGUGCAAAGGCAUCGGUUACAACCACACGCACAUGCCCAACCAAUUCAAUCAUGACACCCAAGAGGAAGUGGGCCUGGAGGUGCAUCAGUUCUGGCCGCUCGUCCGGAUCCGUUGCUCCCCUGACUUGCUUUUCUUCCUCUGCAGCAUGUACACUCCCAUUUGUCUCCAGGACUAUAAAAAGCCCCUGCCGCCGUGCCGAUCCGUGUGUGAGAGAGCUAAGAGAGGCUGCUCUCCUCUCAUGAUCCAGUAUGGGUUUGAGUGGCCGGAGCGGAUGAGUUGUGAGCAGCUGCCCAUGCUGGGCGAUACCGAUCGGCUGUGUAUGGACCGCAACAGCAGCGAGACAACGACUCUAUCGCCUCCCUUCCCCAAACCCACCCCUAAGGAAACACCGAGGCACAAAGCCACUGCCAAAUCAGCUUCGCCCCAGAAAUGUGACCGUGAGUGCCGGUGCAGAGACCCCCUGGUGCCCAUCAAAAAAGAAGCACAUCUUCUUUACAACCGCGUGCAUACUGGCUCUGUGGCCAACUGUGCUUUGCCGUGCCAUCUACCUUACUUCUCUCCGGAUGAGCGGACAUUUACGACCUUUUGGAUAGGCCUGUGGUCGGUGCUUUGCUUCAUCUCCACCUUCACCACCGUUGCCACUUUUCUUAUAGACAUGGAGCGUUUCAAAUAUCCAGAGCGGCCUAUUAUCUUUCUGGCUGCUUGUUAUCUGUUUGUGUCGCUGGGCUACAUCAUACGACUGCUUGCGGGCCACGAGCGGGUGGCUUGCGAGGGCUCCGGCGAACAACAGCACAUUCUCUACGACACCACGGGUCCAGCCCUGUGCACGCUGGUCUUCCUUCUCAUAUACUUUUUUGGAAUGGCCAGCUCCAUUUGGUGGGUGGUGCUGUCUUUUACUUGGUUCCUGGCGGCGGGGAUGAAAUGGGGAAAUGAGGCUAUCGCAGGCUACUCGCAAUAUUUCCACCUCGCCGCUUGGCUAGUGCCUAGCGUCAAGUCUAUUGCUGUACUAGCCUUAAGUUCUGUGGAUGGCGACCCUUUGGCGGGCAUCUGUUAUGUCGGCAACCAGAGCCUGGAGAGCCUUCGUGGCUUUGUGUUGGCCCCUCUUGUGGUUUACCUCUUCACCGGAUCGCUCUUCCUGCUCGCUGGGUUCGUUUCGCUAUUCAGAAUCCGUAGCGUCAUUAAGCAAGGAGGAACCAAGACGGACAAGCUAGAGAAGUUAAUGAUCCGGAUUGGGCUGUUUACGGUCCUUUACACUGUGCCUGCAACUAUCGUAGUGGCCUGCCUGGUGUAUGAGCAACAUUUCAGGCCAGGCUGGGAACGGGCGCUGGCCUGUUCUUGCCCUUCCGAACGCCAGCGCUUGGGCAUGGGUCCAGACUAUGCUGUCUUUAUGCUGAAGUAUUUCAUGUGUCUGGUGGUAGGCAUCACUUCAGGCGUGUGGAUCUGGUCAGGCAAGACUCUGGAGUCAUGGAGGCGCUUUUUGACACGUUACGUCCCCUGUAGAACCCGUAAGCCGCCCGUGUUGGCCUCAUCCAUGUAUAGCGAGGCCAGUAAUGCUCUUACGGCCCGAGCUGGAACAGCCCCCACUGGGACCUACCACAAAUCAGCCCCAUCAUCACACGUUUGAACAUUGGGUGGAUUGUCCAAGUCCUUUAUAAAUCCUGCAAGCGAGUGCAGGACGUGCAGGUCGUGACUCUAAAUGAGCAGGUGUCUGUUCGACCUUCCAGUGGCAUCUCUGCAACAGAUGCGAUGGACAGCACAGUUACACUAUGAAGGAUUUUUAUAGACUGAUGGUCGGUUCAUUAUAGUCGAACACUUGUCGUUCAUGGAUCUUAUUUGGAAAGCAAUGAAAUUGCCUAUACUGUACUAAAAAAACCUGUCACCAUCAUUUUAGUCAUUGUCUGUGGGUUUUAGAGCAUGAAUUAUGGAAAAAAGAUCUGAGAUGGUUAAUGCUUGAAUCAAGUUUUUACUGUUGAUGGUGAUGUUUUAUUUAUUUGUUUAUUCUUGUAAAUAUGCAUUUGAAGAACGUUGUGAUAAUGCAGCUAACAGUCGCUCUGUCGUGUUUGAGACUUUAUCAACAUAUUUACAGGAUGUGGGUUAGACGUUGUUUUGUGGCAUCAUUUUAAACACCGUCCAAAUAUAAUUUACAUAUGUAUGUGUAACAUAUGUAUGUAAACAUUCUCUGUGAAUGACAGCAACACUUUAUACUGCUUGCGCUGGAGGUUGAUACGAUAUGUAAGAAAUCAGGAGUGAUAAAUUCAUGACAUUUAUCAAUGUCCUUCUUAAUACUGCUAAUGAAUUGUUGGUGAGCAUCUGAUGGGCAGUGUUAAAUAAGAUGUAUUUUGAAGAUCAAUAGGGCAGUUUAGUUUUAUCAUCUGAGUUUGACUUCCUCUUGUGGCCGAUGGUUCAACCUUUACACAAGGUUAAGUUGUUACCCAGCAGACCUACUGGCUUUGUUGAAAAAAAAAGAAAUUGCCAAAUAUUAGGUGUUAAAACACAAUAGAGGUUUUGAUCCAUAUGUCAAAGGCUUAUUCAGUCUCAAUCUGUUAACCUCGGUGUUGUUAAUUUGUAUCUGUUUUGACUUCUUUUUGCCAUCCCAGUUGGUUUAGAAAUAGGUUUUCCACUUUUGAAAAUCUUAAAUGAUCCUAAGCAAACUCCGAACUCAACAUCUAUCCCAUUUUCUCUACAUCACUUACAGUUGAAUUGCUUUUGGUUGUGUACAGAAUUGUUUGGGUCUAUUCAUUUGUAAAUCUUGAAAAGGACCAGAGUCCAGACUGCAACUUGUACAUAUUUUGUUUAGUAAAAAAUAUGAGUUUACAGUUUUAAAGAGAUUUUUAGAUAUUUAUGAAAAGUGUCUUAUGUUUAUUUUGUUUCUCUUACUGGUAGAGAAUAAAAGUGAGCAGCAAUCUGUGAACCUGCAA